UGCUAUUGUAAAGAUAAAACAAUCAUAUAUUGUUUUUUUAAUAAAUAAUUGGGAAAACUGUCAAAUAGGUCCCCGUACUAUAUCAAAAAAGUCAAUUGAGUCCUCCUACUAUUAAAUCACUCAAUUAAAUCUCCCAACUAUCAAAAAACAUUCAAUUUGGCAUUUCAACCGGGAAUCAACCGGUAAAGAGGUUAGGCCGAUCCACGUGGGCAUAUUUUACAUUUUUCAUUUAUUUUACUUUCUUCUUUUCUUUCCCGUUCUCUGCCGUCAGGCUCUGGCCCCCUUCCGCCCAAGCCCCAAUCAGCAACAUUGUUUCUUUUUCUUCAUUCCACGCCAUCCAAUCCAGAGAAGCUAGCCAUUCAGAACUUCAAUUCAGUGAGUGCAGAAGAGGGCGAGGGCUGUAAAGGACGGCGUGGAGGCAGGGGCUUCUGCGAUGUCACCGGAAAACCUAGGUAUGGAUGCUGCGAAAUCGCCAGAGAUCUCGAACCUUCUCCCACCGAAGGUUGUUGAAGUUUUCCAUCGAGUUUGUCCAGUUGGUUUACACAUACAUAGUAAAUUAGUAAUUAAAUACUACCUCCAUCUUUCUUCUUCAGCCAAGAAACCAACUGGACACAUGACCCCUCUUUCCCUCUGCAAACCCACCCACCCAAUGUCCUCUUCUGUACUCACUGAAAUUCCUAAUAUGAGGAAUGACAAGCUUCUCUUGAUUGGAUAGGGUGGAUUGAAGAAAAAGAAAAGAUGUUGCAGGCUUGGGGCUUUGGCGGAAGAAGACGUACAACUAGCUAGAGCCAACGGAAGAGAAGGUUGAAAGAAAGAAAAAAAAUGUACUACACGUAGUAAAAUACUAAAAUCUGGCACGUGGAUCGGCCACAUGGGGCUCGGCCGCUAGGGUUUGGUUUCCGAUUUCGUUAUCUACGAAGAUCGGUAGUUCAGACGGGGAAGGCAUCGUUAGCGGCAGUCUCAGACUCGAGCAAGAAGAGCAGGGGUUUCGACCGAGACAAAGUCUUGGAUGGAAGAUAUUGUUAAUUCAUAUAAGACGAUGUCAAUUGAGAAACAAGUGAACGAGCUUAACUUCGACGAGGAGGCAGAAGAGGGAGGGGAGGAGGCGAACGAACCACAUGUCUUCCCGGUGGUUGGCCGGGGUUUUCGUCUCGGACCGAAGGGUCAAAUUGACGGGUUUCCAAGAAAUGAUGGCUUCUAUCUGGCGGCCAGGGCGAGGUAUGACUUUCAAGGAGAUUGGAGAAAAAAGGUAUUUGCUUAAUUUUAAUCAUGUUUUGGAUAUGAAUCGUGUGCUUGAAGAUGGUUCUUGGCUUUUUGAACGUGAUUUAAUCCUAUUGAAAGUUGUUCAGCCAGAUGACAUCCCUGAAACGAUGACUUUAUUUGAGGCUAGUUUUUGGGUACAGGUUCAUAAUGCCUCUAUUAAGUUUAGAAAUUUGGGAUCUGCCAGAAAAAUUGGUAAUAUUUAAGGCUCUUUUAUUAAAUUUGAGAUGAGCCAAUUUGAAGCUAAACAAAGCUCUUAUCUGCGUAUAAGGGUGUGCUUGGAUGUUCGCAGGCCUUCAAAAAGGGCACUACUUUAACAAAAGUUGGGGUUAAGCAUUGGAUUUUAAAUAUGAAAAACUACCCAACUUUUGCUUUUUGUGUGGUAUAAUUGGACAUUCUGAUAAGUUCUGUCCUUUAAAGUAUGAAGAAGGCUUUGUAGCCGAAAAGUCUUUUGGGGUGGAACUCGGAACAGGAGGAGGGUGAAGACGAGCCCAACAAGACCCAAUAAGUGACUAUCUAAUGCAACAUCGAGUUCAGGUGGAUAUGGAUAUCAGUGGAAGGCUGAUCUCGGGGGAGAAUUUACGGCUGAGUCAAAGGCCAAUAUGCAACAGAACGAGACAGAAGACAGGGAAGAAACUCCUGGAGAUACAAAGCGAAGGAGAAUUUGGGAUAAUCAGCCCAAAAGAGACACAACGGGUGAAGGAAUGACUCUGGAUUGGCCAAAAGAUGGGGAAGCGGCGGGUGAGCUGCCUUAGACCCACCGAGAUUUUAUUGGAUGGUGCUGGCGAGGAAGACUAGUGGCAGUGUUAUCUUUAUUUUCUGUUUUGUGUGCUUUUAUUUUGGAGACUACUAUCUGUUUUGCUCUUAUUCUUAUGUUCUUUUGCUUUGUAAGACUCUUGCAUUAAGUUUGGGGGAUGAAAGGUUUACGGUAACCGUGAUU